AUGCGAAAAGGAACAGCGCAAAACGAUGUCAACAUCAAAGACAUAUCCGCUACGUCGGAAGUCGACCGAUUGCUCGAGUUAGACAAGAUCCCAUGGUAUCAGAAGAAGAACCUAAAAAGCUUGUACCUCUGUUUGGUUCCCGCUGCGUUGGGAGUCGAGAUGACCACUGGCUAUGAUGGUAGCGUUCUUAAUGGACUCCAAGCAGUGGACAAAUGGCAAUCACACUUUGGCUACCCCGCGAGCGCAACUCUCGGCUUAAUAUCCGCUGGUCUUUCCAUCGGGUCCAUUGCCAGUGUCCCAGUUUUGCCUUAUGUCAACGAUCGCUGGGGUCGCAAGACUAGUGUGAUAUUAGGAUCUCUCGUUGUCACCGUAGGGGUGAUAAUUCAAACAUUGGCUGCUAACUUGGGUAUGCUCAUUGCAUCCCGAGUCAUAAUGGGUUUCGGCAUGCCUAUUGCCUUGUCCGGGGCCGCCCAGCUCUUGACCGAGCUAUGUUACCCGAAGGAGCGCGCCGCUAUCACUGGCAUCUUCCAGGUCUUUUGGUAUGUUGGUUCGAUCAUUGCAGCGGGGGCUACACUCGGGACAUAUAGCUGGUCUACACACUGGAGCUGGCGCUUGCCCACAGUCCUCCAGAUACUCCCAUCUUUGUUUCAAUUGUCUUUUAUUUGGUUUGUUCCCGAAUCCCCACGCUGGCUCAUAUCGCGUGAUAGAGCAGAUGAAGCCCUUGAAAUUCUCAUCAAAUAUCAUGGAGAAGGGGACCGGGAUUCACCCUUUGUGGCAGCAGAAUUCCACCAAAUUCGUGAAACCCUUCGUCAGGAAAAGGAGGCUUCAUCAAAACCCUGGCGCGAUCUUUUCAGCACUCCCGUCAACAUUCGCCGCGUAGCUGUCGCAGCCUGUGUCGGCCUGUUCUCUCAGUGGGCCGGGAAUGGACUCGUGAGCUUCUAUCUCGCCAAGGUUCUCACGACGAUCGGCAUCAAGGACCGCCGGACGCAGAAUCAGAUCAACCUCGGCUUGAACUGCUGGAACCUGGUCACUGGCAUGUCCGCGGCCAGCUUUGGUACACGGUACCUGAACAGACGCACGCAGAUCUUGGUCGGCUAUGGAUGCAUGACCAUUGUAUUCUCGUGCUGGACGGCUGCCUCGGCCGUCUACGCGGGGAACAACACCAACCACUCUGCUGCGAUUGGCGUGGUGGCGCUAAUAUUUAUCUACUACCUCUUCUAUAAUUUGAUGAUGCCCUGCCAGUACUUGUAUGUGUCUGAAGUGUUUCCCUUCAUCCAGCGAGCGAAGGGAGUGGCAAUCAUGCAGCUCACGAAUAAGGGUGGUGGUGGGUUUAAUCAGUUCGUGAACCCCAUUGGACUGGACAGCAUUCAGUGGCGUUAUUACAUUGUCUAUGUUGUGCUCUUGGCCGUGGAGACUUUUGUUAUUUGGCUUAUCUACCCAGAGACAAAGGGAGUCUCCCUGGAAGAAAUCGCAGUUGUGAUGGAAGGUGAUAACGCAAAGGUCGAGUUGGUUGGGGCAGGCAAAAAGGACAAGGAGCUGAAAGUCUAG